UUAAUGAAAACUUCUACAUGGAAGAUUCACAACGCCUUCCAUGUCCAACUUUUGAAGCCCUACCGAGAUCCCAACAUGAUCUUCUCUGGAUGCCAACCGCCGCCACCGUCGCCCGUCCUCGUCCAUGACGAACCUGAGUACGAGGUCGAAUCCGUGCUUGCUCACCGCCGUCGACAGAAUGGCACCGUGGAGCUUCUCAUCCGUUGGAAGGGUUAUGAUCCUUCAGAAGAUAGCUGGGUCUCUGAAUCCGAGAUGGAUCACGCUCGUCGUCCUCUUCGCGACUACCUUGUCAAGCAGGGUGUUACGUCUACUACCCAGCUAUGAGGGGGGGAAGUGUGAGAGUACGACCC